CUACGUCUUAUCGUUUCUCCUUCAACUCUCCUCCUUUUAUAUAAACCAUUCUUCUCUGGUUUCGUAUACAACGCCUUUAACGUUAUCAAACAUGACACAUAACUCAAACGCCCAUCAAACUGGAACAACACACCCGUUUUGGGACGCUGUUUUUUCAAAUAGGAUGGUUGCACAAUCUGUGAGCUUGCUAAAGACUAGAGUCCCACGUCGUUAUAUUCUUUUGAUGUCCAAUGGAUUCCAUCGGUGGACGGUGGCAUUAACCAAUCACACGAUGACUGUGGAAGCUCCAACAGCUAGACACCUUCAAAGAUAUAGACAAUGCAUCAUGAAUUCAAGAAAUAAAGGGGUGGCCAUGAUACAGCUGUGA